AUGGACUAUACCUACGAUGAGGACCUGGAUGAGCUGUGUCCUGUCUGCGGGGACAAGGUCUCCGGGUACCACUACGGGCUGCUCACCUGUGAAAGCUGCAAGGGCUUUUUCAAGCGGACCGUGCAGAAUAACAAGCACUACACCUGCACCGAAAGCCAGAACUGCAAAAUCGACAAAACCCAGAGGAAGAGAUGUCCGUACUGUCGCUUUCAGAAGUGCUUGACGGUGGGAAUGAGACUAGAAGCUGUGCGAGCGGACCGGAUGCGAGGAGGAAGAAAUAAAUUCGGCCCCAUGUACAAGCGAGAUCGUGCCUUAAAACAGCAGAAGAAAGCUCUGAUACGCGCCAACGGCUUUAAGCUGGAGACUGUGCCUCAGAUCGUAUCGCCAGUGCAAACUGACUACAACCUGUCCUCCACCAUCCACGGCAUCCACUCGGUGUCCAAGAGCCUGCCUCCCAACCCGGCCACUAUGACGCCAGUCGACUAUGACAGAAGUCCGUAUGGGACGCCGUCCUUGGGAAUGACUGUGCCUAGCCACGGGGCGCUGUCCAGCUACCAUUACCCCUCCUUUCCCAACCGCACCAUCAAGUCAGAGUACCCCGACCACUACACAAAUUCCCACGAGUCCGUGGCCAGCUACAUGUAUCCAGAUGCCUAUCCCAACAGCGCCCCACCCGACAUCCCUGAGGUCAUUCUCAAGCUGCUGCAGCUGGAGCCCGACGAGCCCCAGGUCAAGGUGCGGAUACUGGCUUGUCUGCAACAGGAGCAGGGCAAAGGCCGGCAUGAGAAACUCAGCACCUUUGGCCUCAUGUGCAAGAUGGCAGACCAGACCCUCUUCUCCAUUGUGGAGUGGGCACGGAGCUGCAUCUUCUUUAAGGAGCUGGAGGUAGGCGAUCAGAUGAAACUGCUGCAGAACUGCUGGAGUGAGCUGCUGGUGUUUGACCAUAUCUACAGGCAGGUGCAGCACGGGAAGGAGCACAGCAUGCUGCUUGUGACGGGCCAGGAGCUGGAGAUGGCGACAGUCGCAGCUCAAGCAGGGUCCAACCUGAAUAACCUGGUCCUGAGGGCACAAGAACUGGUCCUACACUUGCAUUCGCUCCAGGUGGAUCGACAAGAGUUUGUGUGUUUGAAGUUCCUGAUACUCUUCAGUCUCGAUGUGAAGUAUUUGGAAAACCACAGCCUGGCGAAGGAUGCUCAGGAGAAAGCCAACGCAGCUCUGCUGGAGUAUACCAUCUGCCACUACCCUCACUCCGCGGACAAGUUCCGUCAGCUCCUGCUGCGGCUGGCUGAGAUCCGCUCCCUCAGCAUGCAGGCCGAGGAGUACCUCUACCACAAGCACCUGAGCGGGGAGGUGCCUUGCAACAACCUGCUCAUUGAAAUGCUGCACGCCAAGCGGACUUGA